AUGACCAAGGACGUUUGUGUGUCCAGUGACCUUGAAAACUCCCCAGCUAUUGAGUCUCCGUCUGUGACGUCAGAUCAAGAGAAUGGAAGCGGGGGUGACGAGGGCAGAAUCAAUCCCAGUGUUAACUCCACUGGAGCUACAUCCACGGCAUCAUCUCCCAUUCAAGGUAUUGAGUUAGUGAAGUUGACGGAAGUGGCGAAGUGGCACCGGACAAGGUGGAUGAGUAUUAUAGUGGAUGUAGCGAAUUGGCCCAUGCUUCGUCCAGAUAAGUGGAAGAAACUCUUCCAUCUGGGUCUGAACUACGAGUGUCAUGAAAUCACUUCGCUGCAAAGACUAGGCCCCUUAAAGUGCUCGUUUUGA